AAUGGAUUCGCUGGAUCUAGGACCGGAGAAUCGCGAAUUUUGGUGUGGGUUUAUAGAGCUGUACCGCAAUCUACCGGUGCUGUGGGCCAAGCCGUGUGAAGGUGAGCCGAAAAGUGUUUCAAAAAAUCUUCGCAACCGGGCCCACGCCGUAUUGCUUCGGAAAUAUCGUGAACUAGAUCCAAUCGCAGUCUCUGGCACGAUAAAGAACGUUCUAAAGCAACUGCAAUGUCUCCGUCGUGCUGCGCAAUCUGAACAAACUACCGAGACGAGGCAUACCCCUACGUGGUUAUUGAAAUCUCUAGACUUUCUGCUUGCCGAGGAGAAAGAUACCCUGAGCAAACGGCCAACAGAAGGAGAAAAUGAUUCCCUUCAAUCUAUCAGCGGCAAUCAGGAUGAGCGUGUCCAAUUCGUGGAUCCAGUGGACUUACGGAACGAUCUUCAACUGUAUUGUAAAUCUCUAGCAAGAGAGCUGAGAAUGCUUCCAGAGCAACAGCUUCAAUAUGCCCAGGCACAUAUCGAGAGUAUAGUGCGAGGAGGGCAGCUAGGAAUACUGUCCUCGGAAUGGCCACCAACAGAUCCGAGUGUCGAGGAGGUGUACGUCGACAUGCCAGAGCCUCCGGAAGGAGUCACUGGUGGGUGCAUCCUUGUGCCAGCAACUGAUCCAGAUGCUGUAAAGCGGCGAAAACUAUCCGACGGAGUCCUGUGGAGGGACAUCGAGAAUUGUGACCACCAAUCAUCAGGAUCCGUAAGGAUAGAUCGACAGCACGAAGCAGUGGGUUCGGAUGAUGAUGUUUCAGGUUUGCAGGAAUAUUCUGAAGAAUAUGCUAUUAUUGAGACGGAUGAUGCGGAAAUCCAGUUUGGAGAUUCGCGAAACAGCGAUAGUAUCGGAAAUGACGAGGCCCCUAAUAUGGAAGUAUCGAUUGAUCCGACGGCCUCAGAAGAGCAACAGCCAACGACACCGAUGGAUGGUGAUUCAAAUUUCAUCGCCGUAAGACUUCCGUCAGGGGUUGUUCUUCGGCGAAGAUGUACAGCGCAUUGUUCGAACUUCGUGGACAGCAUCGUGCCAGAAUACAGUGAAGAGGAGUUUGUGCGGCAAUUUCGCUUGGGACGGGACACGGUCCGCUGGCUUUGCCAUCACCUAGAACAAGAGAAUGCCUUCAAGAAACUGAAAGGCCACGGUGGAUAUGUGGCAAUCAGCGUGGAAACACACGUAUUGGCGUUCCUGUGGUUUCUGGGACAGAAAAAAGUGUCCUACCGUAAUGUGGCCGAACAGUUUCAGUUGUCUCUGAGCUGCGUACAUGAUGUGAUCUGGCGGGUAUGCGAUGGAUUGCUGAAUCUCGAACCGAUGGCCUUUAAGCAAAUGGACGAUACUGCCAAAGCACUAUCCACGAGCCAAUUUGCCGAUCUUUGCACAAUACCGAAUGUCAUUGGCUGUGUCGAUGGAAUCCAGAUAAGAAUCGAUCGACCGUCGGAAAAUUCUAACUACUAUCAAUUGAGCAAACGCUACUACACCCUUCAGCUCCAAGCAAUCAUCGAUGCGGACAUGCGCUUCGUGAACGUGUUCGCGGAUUACCCGGGAGAACCGGAUCUUUUAGAGGCCGUUGUCGAGCUGUGUGGUGAUAAGUACUGUGUCUUGGGCGACCAGGCAUUCCCAUGUCUCCCGCAGUUGCUCGUACCGUUCCCUAGCGAUAGCCUAUCGCUAACGAUCGCCCAGCAAUCAUUUAAUGACCUACUGGCACAGGUGCACGGUGCUUACCAAAAGGUUUUCCAGCGCCUCCUGCAACGUUUCCGCCAGCUCGCUUAUCUGAAAGGCUGUCAGCUAUCGAAAGUGGUUAAGAUGGUAAAAGUCUGCUGCUUACUACACAAUUUGGCUGUACCGGAAGAAUUGGACCUGUUCGAGGAUGAUCCCAGUGAGACCAGUCAUGUGCAAACGACACCAUUCUUCACCCGGAGCAGUGUUUCGUCGGUGGCCAACGUACAACGCGGACAGCAGAAACGUAAAGCAAUCUGUGCAGAUCUCCAAGUCAACCAUAUCCAUCUUUUAUAA